AUGUCAAAACGUGAAAGCUUGAACACGUUCGUAUCAUCAAAAGAAGUAACCAAAUCCAUGACUCAACAUCAAGCGACCAAACCCACAGCACAUCAUUUGAGUAAACAUCAUGAUUUACUACAAAAAUUGAGUCUGGAAUCAAAGAAAUUAUUUAAAGAAGAGUUAAAGAAAUAUAAAGAGCAACAGUCGGAGGAAAGAGAAAAAUUGACCUUGUUGAGAUCUCCGGUCCGAACAUUAUGGUACUGUCUGAUGGAGUUGAAAUUGAAAAUUUCGCAACUUUGUGCUCAUCUUGUACAAAAGAGACUCUUUUUGACUGUAUUUAUUCUUGGUCUAAUUAUGUCACUGGCUAGUUUAAUUUUUACAUGGAAAUUUAUAUGUAACGAGCACCAUCAUUUGACAGAGAACAGAGAGACGAUUUCAAAUAUUGACAGUUUUUGCAAUAAUUUAAGAAUAUCAUUCAUUGAACCGUAUAACGUAGAGUCAAUUAUUUCAUAUUCGAUUAUUGCAUUAGAAUGGCUUGUGUUAGGAGUGUUGAGUUCUAUUGGACUUGGAUCUGGACUUCAUACAUUUUUACUGUAUUUAGGACCAUUUAUUGCAAAGGUGACUAUUGCAUGUACAGAAUGCAACUCUUGUAAUUUUGCAAAGUAUGGUGCUAACAGUUUUACAUGUCCUUCAACUACCUCACCUGGUUCCAGCAUGACAUUUUGGGAGAUUGUUUCUAAUGUGGAAUAUGAAGCUCUUUUCUGGGGAUUAGGAACAGCCAUUGGAGAAAUUCCACCAUUUCUUAUCGCUAGAGCCGCCAGAAAGUCAGGUUCUUCACUAGAAAGUCUUGAAGAUGAAAAUUAUGACUCAGACGAAGAAGAAUUAUCAGAGAAAGAGACUCCAACUGGAAUUUCUAAAAUUUGGAAUGAAUGGAUGGAUUGGUUCAAAUCAAAAGUUGAGACAGUGGUUGAGAGCAAUUACACAUUUUUCUUUAUCUUGGCAAUGGCAUCAAUUCCUAACCCUCUUUUUGACUUGGCAGGUCUCACUUGUGGUUUCUAUCUCGUGCCUUUCUGGAUUUUCUUUUUGGCCACUGUUAUUGGAAAAUCUAUUAUCAAGGCAAAUUUACAAACACUACUCAUAGUUGCAAUAUUCAGAAAGGAGCAACUAGAAAAAAUUGUUAAUUUUAUUGAGGAUUUAAAACUUCCAGUCAUUCAAGGAAAAGUUAAAACAUUUUUCGAAAAUGAAAGAGCCAAGUUCCAUCCAGAUGCAAUCAAACAAACCGCAACUGAAGCCUCCAAGAGUAUUCUUGCCACUAUUUGGGAUUUUGUAUUAAUUUUAAUGAUUAGUUGGUUCUUUGUCUCCAUCAUUAACUCAACAGCACAAGGAUGUCUUAUGGAACAACAAAAAACAGCCCUCGAACAAUUUAAAGAACAGCGUCUCAACGAGCUCAUUCAAGCUGAAAAGAAUUAG